AUGAAACGUCAGCCUCCUAAUGUUAUAAUCGGAGCGUCUAAAUCCAAGAUGCGUCAAACAACCUUGGUCCCCACCGAGAACCUUUCACAGUCAAUAAAUGAAGAAUUGUGGGAAAAUACCGUCUCUCUGUUAGUAUAUACACAUCCCAAGUGUGAACCCAGUAGCAAAAUUUUAGGCCUAGAUAUGGACGGAACGAUUAUUGUUCCGUCUUCAGGAAAAGUUUUUCCAAAAGACUACCAAGAUUGGAAAUUGAUCAACGACAAUGUUAUCCCUAAGCUCAAGGAAUAUUUUGAAAAAGGAUAUAAAAUUGUUUUGUUCUCUAACCAAAAAGGUAUAACAAAAGGCUACCAAGAUAUAUUUAGUUUCAAGUUAAAAAUACAAAAUAUUGUAGACAAAUUAAACAUACCAAUCCAAGGUUUGUUUUCUAUCUUAGAUGAUAGAAACCGCAAACCUCUCACCGGAAUGUGGGAUUUUCUUAAUGACAAAGGUAAUUCUGGAAUGUCUAUUGAUUUGUUCGCAUCCUUGUAUUCUGGCGAUGCUGCUGGUCGUCCAGCUUCUGGAAAGCGUAAGAAAGAUCAUUCAUGUGCUGAUCGUUUAUUUGCCCAAAAUGUUGGAAUUCGCUUUUUAACACCAGAACAGCUGUGGUUUGAUCAAUUAGAUACAGAGAAAUUUGAGAUGCCUAAAUUCAAUCCAACUGAAUUGUUAACUAAUGACGAUGUACAAAAUAGUAAAUUACCAAGAAUUGACCGACCAAACAAAUCAGAGCUUAUUUUAAUGGUAGGAUCUCCUGGGUCUGGUAAAUCGCACUUUUGUAGUCGAGUGUUGGCACCAUUAGGUUAUGAAGUAAUUAGUAGGGAUAAUGUUGGUACGUGGCAAAAAUGUGUACAAGCUGUUGAGCAAGCUAUAUCUAAAGGUCUUCCAGUUGUAGUCGACAAUACAAAUAUGGAUUUAGAGUCACGAACACGUUAUAUUAAAAUUGCUAAAGUAUGGGAUAUACCAGUGAAAUGUUUUAUCAUGGAGACAUCUAUGGAACAUGCUCAACAUAAUGAACGUUUUCGCGCUCUAACAAAUUCGUCGCAUAAACCAAUCAGUCAAAUGGUUUUCAAUAUGAUGAAAUCAAAAUAUGAAAAACCAACUAUGGAAGAAGGUUAUCAAGAAAUUAUAACUAUUCCAUUUAUAUUAGACAAGAAUAUGGAAAAUCUUUCAUUAUAUUCUUCAUCAACUCAACAACCUAAUUCUGAUAUUAUUAUGAAUUAUUCUAAUAAUAAUAAUAAUAAUAAUAAUAAUAAUAAUAAUAAUAAUACCAGUAACACCAUAGUAAAUAAAUUAAAUAAUGAUAAUAUUGAAUACUUUUAUGAAACAAAAGAAUGGUAUUUAAAAUAUUUUAGCCGUUAUUGUGAAAAAGGUGAAAAACAAUAUCAACAACAAAAUCUCAAUCAAACAUCUCAUGAACAAAACAAUCAUAAGAAAUAUCAACAAAAUGAAAUUAUGGAAGUGGAACAACAGGAACAACAACUAACAUCAUCAUCAUCAUCAUCACAACAACAACAACAACAAAAUAUAUGGGAAACAUGGACAGAAGAAUGUGAUAUCAAAUUGAAGAUACGUUUAGCUGGUUUUGGGCAUUUAUGUAUUUUACGUGGUAAAAUGAUACUUGAAUCAUAUUUUCUAAUUUUAUCAAAGAAAUGGAUGAAAGCAGUAAUUGUCGGUGGAGAUGAAGUUAUGAUUCAAAUAAGACAAUCUAACAGAAUGAAACGAUUUCGAAUGACAUUUUUCAAUGAAACCGAUGCAAAUGAUUUUUUUAUGAAUUUAUCGAAAUUCGCUGCAACUAAUACUACUACUACUACUACUACUACUACUACUACUAAUAAUAAUAAUAAUAAUAAUAAUAAUAAUAAUAAUACUUUGGUGAAUAACAAUGAAUCAAUAAAAAACAAAAGUAAUUUAUCAACAGAAACUAUUUUAAAUAAAAUGCUAAAUAAUCCUGUUCAAUUACCAGAAAGUUGGUCUACUGAAUGGCCAACUCAAAGUUUAGAAGGUCUUAUACGAUUAUGUUUGAUUGAUCCAAAUUUUCCAGGAUUUGUAAAUCGAAUUGAUAGUAUUAUGAAAAAAUUUACAUGUACAAUGAGUGAUUUAUCAUCACAGUGAUGAUGAUGAUGAUGAUGAUAAUCUUCUUCGGUUUUUCGGUAAAAAGAAAAGUUGAUCAGAGAAAAGUAUUUGUUUAAUGUACUUCAAUUAAUCACAUUAAUUUGGUCAAGUUACUGUUUGUUUCAAUUAAUUAAAUUGAACAGCAUUAUUAUUAUUAUUAAAUUGUUGGUUUUAGUUAAUACAAUCUUCAGUUGAACAGUUUCGCUUCUGAUUUUAAAGAAAUUUUCUCAUACCGAACUAACAUCAUUCGAAGAGAUAGUAGCAAUCAGG